AUGGCUCGACCUAUCCGUACCAAUGCUAACAGGAAUCCUGCACAGAUCCUCAAGGAUGCCGCUCCCUCACAACGCACUUCGGCUCAAAAGCAGGCCGACAACGCCAAAGCUGCAGCAAAAAGAGCUGAAAUGGAAGAGAAGGCAUCAGAGAUCUAUCAAAAUGGUGUGCGGAAAAUUGCCGCCAUAGAAGACUCACUGAGAAGACAGGAUUGUGCUUAUGGCACUGACUUCCCAAUAAAUGCGCUGGAAACAAAUGCGAUCGAGGAGGCACACGAAGAAGACACUGACAACGAGUAUGAAUUGUCCAGCGCACACUCAGACAGUGUUAGUUCCGAGUUGCCCAGUGAGGAACCAAGCACCCAUUCAGAAUCAGAAGAUCACGGGAAGUCUUGUAAACCAAAAUCAUGCAAGAAAAAGGCCAAAAAGACAAAAGACAGGGUGUUAAGGCAGGAAGUGGCAGCCAGUAGAAAGACUGUUGCAAGCGCUGGUACAUUGGCAAGGAAGCGUAAGAGUGAGAACGUAAACAGUGAUAUAGACAGCAAUGAACAGUUCCAACAACCGAAGUGUGCGAAGGGUAAUCAGUCAGCUAGCAACUUAAAUCCUGACUGGCGCAAAAUGGUUGGUCAGCUAGCCAAAAGAACAGCACACGCAGACAAAAUCAACACGAGCCUUAUUCCAGAGGUGGGGCGAUCUUGGUCAUCUUCCCAAGCAUCAAGCCGUAGCAGUAGCCGUUUAACUUCAGAAAGUAGCAGUGACCUGGUGGUUGGAGAGUUUGACAUUGACGAGCCUGAGGAGACGAUUGCCGCUGCACGAGAGCACAAGAGCAAUAAGGUCAAAGAUGCGAAGUCCAGUGGAUCAACCAGUGGAUCAGCCUCAGCUAUAUAUUGUACAACUGCAGGAAUGAGCCUCAAGAUCAAUAAAAAGGGUGCCGACAACGCUGUGAAGGAAGAAGUGAAAGUGGUGAAAAUGUUAAAGCCACAAAAGCCGCUCUGGAAGCUCAAGCUUGAAUACCUUCCUUUGCAGGACAAAAGCGACCGUGAUGUUUGGAACCGCUUGGUUUGUGUGGUGAUAGACUGGGCUGGUACCACCACUGACCCAUUUGGCACCAAUGAGCAUCCUGAGUUGUCACCGAAAUUGCAAGAACUCUGGAAUGUUUGUUUUGAACAUAACACUGUGGACGUCAAUGAACACCCAGCUAUCAAAAAAAUAGUGCAUUUAUCUGACUCAUGUGAUGCUAAUUUAACCUACAUGACCUUGCACUGGCAGGCUACCGACCGCUUGAAUGAAUGGUGCAGCAUGUUCAGCAAGGAUGCUCUCAAAAUUCUUGAACGUCACUUCAAACAUCCCAAGUUUCGACAUGACCUUGAGGCCCGCAUCAAAUUUGUUUGUGACCACUUGCCACGCAAAGUCAAUAAUAAAAAAUGUGUUCCAUUUAUUUAUGCAGACAUUGAGGCCUUUAAAGGAGCUUGGUUGUCACCCGAACUGCUGGAACUUGUCGCUGGGCUGGCUGCUGCUGCUUAUCAUCGUGCGCUGUCCCUCUACACCGAUGGCAAGUCUGCCAAGGAGGCAGCGAAGGAAGCCAAACACCAUGGCAACAGCGACAAUGCAGGUGGGAAAAACUCGAAAAAUAUUGACUUUGACGCAGUGUGGAGGUCUGUGACAAUGCGCUACGCAGAACAAGCCAGCGGAUUGCCUGCGAGCAAGUGGGAUUCCAUCGAGGAGGCACUGGCAUUGUCGGAGUUGAUUGGAACAGAUACAAGGUCUGACAAUGGAGACUACUCUGAUGAUAACAUUAUGGAUAUCCGUGGCAUGGUCCUCCUCUCUGACGGCGAGGAUGAUGGUCCUCAACCCACAGAAGACUUAGAUGGUUGUUAA